GUGGCACUAAGGAGCUGUUGACGCCCAGGUAGACAUUAUCACUUAAACACAUAACACUUAACCUAGACAAGUUUUCAGAGAAGGGGAGAAGGUAAAAAAAAGCAGUAUUUGCAGGUUAAUUAUCUGGAUAGAUACUCUGCGUGAUCUGGAUUGCUUACACACCUGUGUGAGUGUCACUGGAGAAUGUAGCUGCAGCCUGUUAGCCAGGCCACAGGACACACACCAACAUGGGAGAAGCUCAGAAGGGCUUACUCUCUGUCAUAGAGAAACUGAAAGGAUCCACAGAGCAGGAGGUCAGGAUAGUGCUGCUGGGUUUGGACAACGCAGGCAAGACAACACUGUUGAAAAGCCUUGCCUCAGAAGACGUGAACACCAUCACACCAACGCAGGGCUUCAACAUAAAAAGCGUGGCCUCUCAUGGCAUGAAACUCAAUGUUUGGGACAUUGGAGGACAGAGGAAGAUCAGACCAUUUUGGAAGAAGUAUCUGGAAAACACAGACCUCUUGAUUUAUGUUAUUGACAGCGCAGACAAGAAGAGGUUUGAGGAGACGGGAUUGGAGCUGUCUGAGCUGAUCGAUGAAGAAAAUUUAAAGGGUGUUCCAGUGCUCGUCUUCGCUAAUAAGCAAGAUCUGGAGACAGCGUCACCAGCUAGUGAGAUUGCUGAGGGGCUCAACCUGCACACAUACCGGGACCGCGAGUGGCAAAUUCAGGCAUGCUCGGCUGUUUCUGGGGAGGGAGUUCAGGACGGCAUGAACUGGAUUUGCAACAACAUUGUGAACAAGAAGAAGUGAAGACCAAUCCCAAAAUAACACUGACCAGUAUGAAUCAGAGCAUCAGCAUCAUAGAAUGUGAUUUAUAUCUUGUCACUUCAUUUAAUUAUGAUGCAUUCAGCUGACUUCAUAGAUUGGAAUAACUCUGUUUUUAUGAAUUUUUAUUGUUAUGAAUGUUUUACAAAGGUAGUCAAUAUAAAGAAGUACCUAGUUCUCAUUAGUAUCAGUAUUUUAAGAAUUAACAUUGUUUUGAAAUGAAACAUUUUGGCUUCAUCCCAAAAGAUUCUGUUGAAUCUGUCUGCGUUCCUUAAUGCUGCAAUUACCAAGGAAAGUGUGUAGCAUUGCAGUAGCAGUUUUUGUGUGGAUGUGUGUAACGUGCACAUUUUGACAAUAAAAUUAAUCAUUUCUGUUGUGUUGUUACUUGUUUUCAGAUAAAAUCUGUCCCUAUAUAAUCAAAGUGUCUUUACAUUUCACAUAGGACAAUACGGAGACAGGAGGUACAAUCCCGUUAAAAAACACUGUCACUGAUGGACAGAAACUGCAUUGAUGUCAAUGUACAUACUUCAUUGUGAGACAAUUACAAGCUAAUCUGACAAGUGCUAACAUUUUGCUGUGAGAUGGAAACAAUCUGAGCAACAAGACUUGCAGAAAAGACAGUUUAAAAUUACACACUUACAUGGCAUAGCAAACAAGAUAUCAAAUCUUAAUGGCAUAGCAGAGCAAACAGUGCAGGAAAUUACACACAGAGCGAGACUGGGUAAUUUCGGCAUAGGCUCUUUUCCAUGAAACGUUUUAUAUGUUAAUUUUGAAACUAUUAUGUCGCAGCACCAUUUCUGUCUGUCAUCAUCUGUUUUCACCGAGAGUUUGCCACAUGACACCUCUCACUUCUAGCUGUGAAUGCCGUUUGUUCCUCAAGCGUAAAUGCAAAUCCUCAAACAAAAUCUGAGCAACUGGGAGGGAGAAAACCUGUUUUUACAUUCUUUGUAAGAUGGGGUCAGACCAUUGAUUUUUUUUUCAGAGCUCUGUCUUUGUCAGCUGUCUCUUCUGGGAGGAUAGCUGUCAGAGACCCUCCAGGCAUUAGGGCUAACACACUCCUGUGAUUAUUCCUCAUGUUGUGUUUUGUUUGACUGACUUUGGUGUGUGCCCAAAUCCUUCAUUCAUGCUCCCUUUUUUUGGUUCUUCCUAACUGCAUUUGGAUGUAAUGGAUCCUUUGUUUCUAUUGUGUAAAGCUGCAAUUAACCACCUGAAACCACUCUGAAAUUAACAGCUAGCGGGGUCCAUUCUGUGCUUUUACCCAUUAAAUUGUGCUAAUGAA